AUGGGACCAAUUUACCCAAACACACUACAGGAGCAAGAUCAGUUUGCUAGCUGUUGGAGCCGGUCCGAGAGACGGUCUCUGCCGGACGAGCCUUCCUUGGAGGAUGAACCAUCCCUCGUGUCGCCGCCCUCACAGGGCUGGGUGUCGCCGCCCUCAGAGGGCUGGGUGUCGCCGCCCUCACAGGGCUGGGUGUCGCCGCCCUCACAGGGCUGGGUGUCGCCACCCUCACAGGGCUGGGUGUCGCCGCCCUCACAGGGCUGGGUGUCGCCGCCCUCACAGGGUGGGUGUCGCCGCCUCACAGGGCUGGGUGUCGCCGCCCUCACAGGGCUGGGUGUCGCCGCCCUCACAGGGCUGGGUGUCGCCGCCCUCACAGGGCUGGGUGUCGCCGCCCUCACAGGGCUGGGUGUCGCCGCCCUCACAGGGCUGGGUGUCGCCGCCCUCACAGGGCUGGGUGUCGCCGCCCUCACAGGGCUGGGUGUCGCCGCCCUGCUCAACACACCCGCGGGGUCCUUCCCAAUCUCUAAUCAUUUACUGCCCUCGACGUCGCUGGACGUGGCCUGCAUUAGCCAGGUGGUGGCCUGCAGCCUGCUCCUCAGAGUGCAGUAG